AUGCCUCCUCCGCACUACGACUUUCUGAUCAAGCUACUGCUGAUUGGUGACUCAGGUGUCGGGAAGUCAUGUCUGCUGCUACGAUUCUGCGACGACGCCUGGACGCCGUCCUUCAUCACUACCAUCGGCAUCGACUUCAAGAUCCGGACAAUUGAGCUGGAUGGGAAGCGCAUUAAGCUCCAGAUUUGGGAUACCGCUGGCCAGGAGCGAUUUAGGACAAUCACGACGGCGUAUUACCGCGGUGCUAUGGGCAUUCUGCUUGUGUACGACGUCACGGACGAGCGGUCAUUCAACAACAUCCGCACAUGGCACGCGAACAUCGAGCAGCACGCAUCGGAGGGUGUGAACAAGAUCCUCAUCGGCAACAAGUCGGACUGGACAGACAAGCGUGCCGUGACAGAGGAGCAAGGCCGCGAGCUCGCGAACGAGCUUGGUAUCAAGUUUAUGGAGACGUCGGCGAAGAUAAAUGAGGGUGUCGAGGAGGCGUUCUUCACACUUGCAAGGGAUAUCAAGACACGGCUGAUCGACUCGCAAGCAGAUGCUGCUGCAGCAGCUGGCGGUGCUUCGAGCGCAGAAGGUUCGGUUAAGGUCAAUCAACCAACAAGUCAGACCUCAGGUGGAUGCUGUUCAUAG